AGCAACGAGGAAACAACAGAGGGACAUUCUCUCCUGGAGGGACCCCAACACACAGCAGCCCCACUGAGAGAGGCGACCAUGAAAAUGAUCAUAUCAGAGCUGCAGGUCUGAGUUUUCAUCAGUGUCUAACAGAAGGAUGACGUUCAACUGGCUGGAGGAGUGGAACAUCUCCUUUGCCGGCUGCGGGUUCAGGAGUAUUUACUAUGUGGGAGCGCUGAGCUGCAUCCUGGAGCGGGCCCCACACUUAGUCGAUGGAGCCUCAAAGAUCUGCGGAGCUUCAUCUGGGUGUCUUGUAGCAGCAGCUCUGACUGUUGGGAUUCCUAUAGAACAGCUCUGCGCCAACAUUCUGACCACCGCCUCAGAGGCCAGAAAACACUCUCUGCGAGUUUUCCACCCGACCUUCAGCCUCCUGCGGACCGUUCGGGACUCCCUGCUGGAGGAGUUGCCCCAGGACGCCCACCGGAGGGCCUCGGGGAGGCUCUGCGUGUCGCUCACCAGGAUGUCCGACAUGAAGAACGUGCUGGUGUCAGAGUUCGACACCAGAGAGGAGCUCAUCCAGGUUCUCAUGUGCAGCUGCUUCUUCCCUGCUUACAGCGGCUUCAUACCACCAUCGUACCGUGGAGUGCGCUACAUGGACGGAGCUCUGAGCAACAAUGUUCCGCUGUGCGAGCAGAGAAACACCAUCAUCAUGGCUCCCUUCUCAGGCGAGAGCGACAUCUGUCCCAGAGAGGGCACGUAUAACGCUCUGGAGGUCCACUACGGCAACGUCAGCAUUAAGGUCAACACUGGGAAUGUGCAUCGCAUCUGCACGUCCUUCCUUCCUCCCAGGCUGGAGAUGUUGGCUGAGAUCUGCAAUAAUGGCUACGUGGACGCCCUCUGCUUCUUGAGAGAAAGAGGUCUGCUCAGAGCGCAGAAUGCUCCCCACGCUGUGGCUGGAGGGAAAUGUUGUGAGCUGGGGAAGAAAAGAGCUCGGACUGAAGAACAGACGAAGAAGAAGAUUCUACUGAAGGGAAACGACUCUGAUGAGGAAGACCACCAGUGGCUGGACCCUGAAGUCAUACAGAACCUCCCGGGGUCCAUUCAGCAAGUGCUAUGUGCGGCAUGCAGAAACAGCCAUGACGGCGUCGCUUGCUGGUCGCAGCUCAUCGAUCCGGUGAAGCUGAUCAUGUUUCUGCUGUCUCUUCUCAUCCUGCCCGUUCAGAUGACCGUCCUAGUCACUAAACGACUCCUGAUGUCUGCUGAUCUCCACAGGCAGACAAGAAGGACCAGAGGCCUCAUCAGUGUGUGUCCAGAGCAGGACUGCAGCAGUGGGUUUUCUGACUGUACCACCGAGACAGGAGGAGAUUCAAAUAGUCAAAGGGCCAAAGAAAGAAGAAAGCAGAAAAAGACUGUUUAGAAAUCCGCCAAUAUUUACAUGUGGAAUUGAAACAGACAUUUCUGUUUGGAUUCUGGUUGUGGGGUUUUUGGAUGACUGUACAUAUACUUCCUUUCUGUACAUGUUGACCUAUAAGUUAUUACUGUGAAAGUUGUCUCCAUAUCAGUGUAACUGAUCUGACAGAAAUUAUUAAUUUAAGAGCUACCGUACAUUUUUGUAAGAUACUGUAUGAACGCUUUAGAAAGAACUUGUACAAUCCAAUGUGAUAAACUACAACGGGUCUGCUAGUCCAGACUACCGAGAGAACUUUGUUUUUGAGACUGUCAGUACUGCGUUUCACCCAUGACCGCAAUUUGAAGCAUCUGCGGCAAAAACUGAAAUAUGACUCAAAUUGUUGAUGUAAAUAAUGUCUCCUUUGAGGGCUCUGGUCCAUUUAUAUCAGUGCUGUCAAACAUAAGGCCUGCAGAAGUCCCCAUUCCAGCUGAGCAAAAAAUUUCUCAAGAGUAGUGGACACAACACAACACUGAAACCAGUGACGCUGACAUGACAGAUAACUUCCUCAUUGAUAGAACUAGCAUUAGCCUGAAAGUCAUGCUGUCAGGACGAGUUUUUAUAAACAUGCACAAUUUGACAUGAAUAAGAAUAAAUGUCUGGACCAGGAGUCUGCAACCUGCGGCUCUGGAGCCACGAGGCUCAUCAGUCCCUCUGUAGCGGCUCCACGGAGCUUUCACAAUAUGAAACGUGAAAAGAGAUUGAACUUUUUUUGAAUAUAGUUACACUCCACGGUACGGUUGAAAAUGAUUCAUCACGCUCGGUUCAAAAAGGAUUCAAAGAAAUGUACAAGCAAAAUUUGGAAAAAUAGCUAAAACCACAAGAAGUGCGGAAAAUGAUAGAGUGUCUAAAAAAAAGUCAAAUGUUUAAAAUUUCUAAAAGGACAUAAAUACUGUUGGAAAAAAGCAUGCAAAACUGGUUAAAAGGAGACAAAACCGUUUAAACGGCUAAAAUUUCAAAAUCAUCAACAAAAAGUACUUGAAAACAGGAGCAACGAUGUUAAUCCAGUACAAAAAUAGUUUAUAUUCAAUAAAACGUUCACUACUCUGAACCCUAACUUCAUAAGUGGAUCAUGAGAUAUUUUUUUUGCAUGUGCAUCAAAACUAUAUAUGAAACUUCAUGGGCUGCACUCGCCUCAUAUUAAAGGUUAAAUACGCUUUGUGGCUCCAGAACAACGGAAAGUCACAAAAACGGCUCUUUUGGUUAUAAAGGUUGCAGAGCCCUGGUCUGGAUGAAAGAAAAAGAAGGCAUUUACGUAGAAGCCCUUAGCAUGCCAGCUCUCCAAUGUGUUGUACUUUUGAUGGUUUUCAUAUAAUAUAUUCUCUGGAAAACAUUUCAUGAAAGAACGAAGGUAAACCGCUGAUUUAGAAAAAGCAUCAUCAAGACAUUUUAAUUGACAAAAGUUUCAUAAAACUCCUUGUGAAUGACAUUUCCGUGAACAUAGGACAUAAUUCUAUAAUUACUAAAGCAAUAAAAGUUGAUAAGAGAAUAAAAUCAAACCCACUUUGAGUUUUGUAACAUUUUGAAAGGCGUGUCCGAAGUCUUCCAGUGAGACAGUGACUCCGGUUUCCUCCAGUGGUCAUUUUUGCAUAUGUACAGUUCAUAGCACCAUGAAGUGAGACGUUAAUGCGAGCUGGCGGCAGACGGAGACUCGUAGAGGCUCACACUGCUGGAGCCGGCGCCCGGAGUCGCACCUACUGCCCAAACAGUAGAUGUCCGUGUCGAGACUUACUGCAUCGCGGUGCAGUACAGUACAGUACGAGGCAAAACAAACAUUUAAAUGCAUGACCUCCUCCAAAGACAGUCAAGCAUCAUUGUCAAGUCCCUGAUUUCACGU